AUGAUACUAUUGGAGAGAAACAAAAGUGGGGCCACAUUCACUCUCUUGGGCUUCUCAGAUUACCCAGAACUGCAAAUCCCCCUCUUCUUGAUUUUUCUGGCCAUCUACAGUGUCACUGUUGUAGGGAAUAUUGGGAUGAUUGCAAUAAUCAAAAUUAACCCCAAACUGCACACCCCCAUGUACUUUUUCCUCAGCCACCUCUCAUUUGUGGAUUUAUGCUAUUCCUCCAUCAUUGCUCCCAAGACCCUGGUGAACCUAGUUGUAGAAGACAGAACAAUUUCAUUCAUAGGAUGUUUAGCACAAUUCUUUUUCUUUUGUAUCUUUGUCAUAUCUGAAUCCUUUUUAUUAGCUGUGAUGGUGUAUGAUCACUUUGUGGCCAUUUGCAACCCUCUGCUCUACACAGUUGCCAUGUCCCAGAAACUCUGCGUCAUGCUAGUUGUCGGAUCAUAUGCAUGGGGAGUAACAUGUUCCCUGAUACUCACGUGUUUUGCUAUAAAAUUAUCAUUUCAGGGUUUCAACACAAUCAAUCACUUCUUCUGUGAGUUCUCCUCAUUGCUGUCCCUCUCUUGCUCUGACACUUAUCUCAACCAGUUGCUGCUUUUUGUUUUUGCCACAUUUAAUGAGGUCAGCACAUUACUCAUCAUUCUCAUGUCUUAUGUACUUAUCAUUGUCAUCAUCCUCAAGAUGCACUCAGCCAGUGGGAGCUGCAAAGCCUUUUCCACCUGUGCCUCCCACCUCACCGCCAUCACCAUCUUCCACAGCACCAUCCUCUUCCUCUAUUGUGUGCCCCACUCCCAAAACUCCAGGCACACAGUCAAAGUGGCCUCCGUGUUUUACACAGUGGUGAUCCCCAUGUUGAAUCCUCUAAUCUACAGUCUGAGAAAUAAGGAUGUCAAGGAUACAGUAGGCAAAAUAAUGGACACUAAAAUCUUUUCUUAUUGA